AUGAUCCAACGGAAGACCUCCCCCAGACCAGUUACAGUGGUCAGAGAUAUGUCAGGCAUGGAGUCACUCCUCAGUGGAGAUAUUGAUCACUACCUAGAACAGAGACCAUCACCUGUCCGUAGCGCUGAAGUGAUGACAGUUCAGGAACCGAUGUUACAAGAAGUCAUGAUCGAAAGGAAGGCAUCCCCCAGACCGGUCGUAGGAGUUAGAGAUAUGUCAGGCAUGGAGUCACUCCUCAGUGGAGGUAUUGAUCACUACCUAGAACAGAGACCAUCACCUGUCCGUAGCGCUGAAGUUAUGACAGUUCAGGAACCGAUGUUACAAGAAGUCAUGAUCGAAAGGAAGACAUCCCCCAGACCGGUCGUAGGAGUUAGAGAUAUGUCAGGGAUGGAGUCACUCCUCCGUGGAGGUAUUGAUCACUACCUAGAACAGAGAUCUAUGGUAAUCAGUGGUUCACCACAGGAUGACAUCGUCCAACAACAGAAUUUCAAACAGGUCAUCCUGACCAGGGACGACAAGCAACAAUCACUAAUGUUCUCCACUAAGGAGGUAGACGUGUCUACAGAAGAUACAGAGGCAGAAACAGAAGACUGGUGGAAAGUGGAAGACAUGGAUGAUGGUGGCGCUCGUGGUGCCGAAGCGAUAAUCUUGAACCCAGUUCAGGAACCGAUGUUACAAGAAGUCUUGAUCGAAAGGAAGACAUCCCCCAGACCGGUCGUAGGAGUUAGAGAUAUGUCAGGCAUGGAGUCACUCCUCAGUGGAGAUUUAGAACAGUACCUAGAGAGACCUGUAGAUGUCAGUGGUGCGCCGGAGGACGACGUCGUACAAGAGAGAUUUGAACAGGUCGUGAUUACACGGGAGAGGAAAAGGGAAGCACACGCGUUCUCCACUGAGCAGGUAGACCGGUCCGCAGUACAUGAAGUGACAGAACAAGAUGUGGUGAAUGUAGUGCAAGCAGGAGCCAUGGAGGAUGAUGCCGUCUGUGGUGAUAAAGACUUAAUGCGUAGUUGUUCAGCUGGGGAAGCAUCAGAAAGUUCAGCUACUACAGUGACACGUUCAAGAGACUCAAAGAAGGUGACCUUUGACCUUCAAAGGGCGUUUGAUUCAGUGCUCCCCACUCAAGCCUCCGAAGAGGACGACCGGGUCCCUGUUGGGACAAGAUCCAUCUUAGAGGACUGGGAUUCCUUAGAGAUAAAACCAUCGUACCACAAAACUACAGAUCUGUCAUACUCAAACCUAAACAUGCAAGACCCGAUUUCAGCAGACAGAAUUACUCCUGAAUCUAGUUGGGUCGCACCAGAGCUCCAUGAAAGGAGUUCAGCUGAUCAGGAAGUGGUGCACAGCCCAGACAGUUUUGGUCAAGCCCUCAGACCUGCAGACUUAGAUGUCCUCUGUCCUUUGGGCCUGGGACACCCAGAGAGACGACUUUCCCAUGAGGAUUCUCUGGAGAGCAGUCCUGUCAUGGAGGAAGGUUCCUCCAGGAAGUCCCCUGACUCUAUAGAGCCAAGCCCAACCGGGGACUCCCCCUGCCCUGACUCACUGGAGAGCAGCCCCUCUGAACCGAAACGAGACACAGGCUUUCAGGCGACAAAGAAGACAGCUGUGUAUGAAGACUACUACUCUCAGCUUAGAGCCUGUCUCGGUGAGGAACACGUUAGCAACAUGGAGAAUGAGGAUUACUCCAAACGGACCUAUCAAAUGGAAGGUGAGCGUGAGGGACCCCUCCCAUUGAAGAGGGAUGAGGAGGUGAGUUUUGACCCCAAAAACCCAGACCCUGAGUGCCUCUCCAUGCCCUUAAAUGUGAGCUCACACCCUGAGGAUGAUGUGGAAGACGUGGAUGCAGAGGGCAGCGAGACCAGCCAGAGACAGUUCACCCCAGAGGAGGAAAUGUUCAAAAUGGCCGCCAAGAUCAAAACCUUCGAGGAGAUGGAGCAGGACUCCAAAACGAAGACAGACAGGAAACCCUCAGACGGCUCUGUGUUAUCAGACCCUGAGGAUUAUGAAGAAUGUCGGUCGAUCGUUGACCUGAUGGGAAGGGAGGAGAAAUCAACUAGGCCCAAAACCGACGCCGAUUCGCUUCAGUCUGACAUUGAAACUGUGGCUGAAAUCCAACCCUCAGCCCCUGGUGCAGUAACUGAGUUGGAUAUUUCAGUUCACUGUGAAGCUCACCUACCGUACAGUGCCUCAGGACAUUCACCAUCAGGAAGACAGGUCUCUGAGCACCUCGACUAUCGUUCACUAAGCACUGAAAAAGAACAAUGUACCACAGAGAAUAUCAGUGAGAAUAUCAGUGAACAUACUGAGCAGGAAGAUGAGAUAGAUGUAAUGUCAGCUGUUCAAGCACCCGAUGAGGAGAUGGGUCAGUCAGUCAAACCAGAGGUGUUAUGCACUGACGAUGAAAACUUAAAGGAGGCGGAGGAGGAUGUGGAUGGUAAGGCAGCCAUGUUGGACAUGCAUCAUGAAGACAUGCCUGUUCAGGGAGAGCUGGUCCCAUGGAGUGCCAUGCCAGACGACAACGACGACGAUGACGAUGAAGCCUUCGACGCGCGUGUGGAGGCGGAGGAACAAAGGAUUAUGGGUCUCGUGGAAGACUGCCCUACCCCUGACACCACACCGGGUCGCACACCAAGCGAGGGGGGCACCCCCAACCCCUUCCAGUUCCAGGAAGGGAAGUUCUUUGAGAUGACCAGAGGGGGCGCAAUCGACAUGACAAGGAGGAGCUUUGAAGAGGAGGGCGAGGGCUAUGCCUUCUUCCACAUAGGAGAACACCCAGUUGACCAGGUCCUGUUCGAGGACGCUGGAGAUUACGCUGGCCCCGAUGUUCUCAUAACAGAACAGGGUAUUGCCGUUGCUGAUCUACACCUCCAGGAGGAUGAGGAUCAAACCAAAGAUGAUUCUGACUCCUCCUUCCAGACUAUACCAUUAGCCGAGGCUGGUCAGAGGGGGAAACCAGUGGCCAAACCCAGGACCUUCAUCAAAAUGGAGCCAAAAGCUGAAACAGUCCCCCUGCUGGAAGCUAAGAUGGAAAGCUCCUUAGAGGUCCAGAUAGGUUCUCUAGACCCGACUAUAGCUGACCUCCAGAUGUCCACCACCACUACUACUGUCGCCCGCUGUGUGUACUCUGAGCAGGUCCGCCAGUCAUCCGACUCAUCCCUUGAGGAUGAAGAAGUGGAAGAGGAACAGCGCUCUGUCAUUGAGAUGCCCGCUGCGUAUUAUGACUCAGUGGUGCCCCCUAGUGUCCUGGCAGGGUCUGACACCUCAGCUGCGGCUGACACCUCAGUGGUGCCCCCUAGUGUCCUGGCAGGGUCUGACAUCUCAGCUGCGGCUGACACCUCAGUGGUGCCCCCUAGUGUCCUGGCAGGGUCUGACACCUCUAAUGUCCUGGAAGGGUCUGACAUCUCAGUGGCACCCCCUAGUGUCCUUGCAGGGUUUUACACCUCAGCAGAUGCUGUGGCUAAGGAUGAAAGCAGUUUCAAAUCAAAGAUACCCGUCAAAGCUGGCUCAGUAAAAUCAGACCUGGGGCUUGAGCAGAAAUCAACAGUGGAGAAAUCUCUUGAUCAUGACCGGAGGACGAGGUCCGAGGAGGAUUUUGGAGCCGGGAAGAAAAUCUUAACUGACAAAGACAACAGGAGUCACUCCGACAGCGACCAUCCUACAACUAAAUCCAAACCUCUCACCUCCAGACUCCCUGUCAUGGGCAAACACAAACCCACAGCCCACUCCUCCUCCUCUUCCCAGCCCGACAGAGACCAGGGCUCUGACAUACGAGAGCUUUCCCUCCGAUCAUCUCUGGAUGUCGACGACAUCAGUAGCAGCGGUGAUCACAACAGUCCAGAUUCUGUUAUCUUCAAGUAUGACAGCCCAACGCCUCGCAGUUCUGCCCCAGACACGAGGGCUUUGCCGACUCAGACACGGAUUCGACCUUCCUCGGUGACGGGGGAGGUGUUUGAGUCGAGACCCAUCUGGGAAGACUCAGUGGAGACUCAGAUGCAGCGAAUCUCGGGUGAUCGGACCCCGGAGCGGCAGCAAGGUACCAAAACUCUGGGUCUGUGACUUCCUUUCCUCUCUAUCUUUCUCUGCUCCUUGGAAGCAAGACCUUUCUUUGUCUUAUUCAAGACCAAUCAUUAGUCACUUUUCUGUUGUGUGUCUUGUGUUGUCAUUUCGUGCCGUGCUGUGUUGUCUUUUAUUCCCGUGCUGUGUUGUCUUGUCCCGUGCUGUGUUGUCUUGUCCCAUGCUGUGUUGUCUUGUCCCGUGCUGUGUUGUCUUGUCCCGUGCUGUGUUGUCUUGUCCUGUGCUGUGUUGUCUUGUCCUGUGCUGUGUUGUCUUGUCCCGCGCUGUGUUGUCUUGUCCCGUGCUGUGUUGUCUUGUCCUGUGCUGUGUUGUCUUGUCCCGUGCUGUGUUGUCUUGUCCCGUGCUGUGUUGUCUUGUCCCGUGCUGUGUUGUCUUGUCCCGUGCCGUGUUGUCUUGUCCCGUGCUGUGUUGUCUUGUCCCGUGCUGUGUUGUCUUUUAUUCCCGUGCUGUGUUGUCUUGUCCCGUGCUGUGUUGUCUUGUCCCGUGCCGUGUUGUCUUGUCCCGUGCUGUGUUGUCUUGUCCCGUGCUGUGUUGUCUUUUAUUCCCGUGCUGUGUUGUCUUGUGUUGUUUCUUUUCCAUAUAAAUGUCUAGUGUCUAUUGACUAUUGACUAUUGACUAUUGUCUGUCUAUUGACUAUUGUCUAUUGUCUAUUGACUGUCUAUUGACUAUUGUCUAUUGACUAUUGUCUAUUGUCUAUUGACUAUUGUCUAUUGUCUAUUGUCUAUUGACUAUAGUCUAUUGACUAUUGACUAUAGUCUAUUGACUAUUGUCUAUAGUCUAUUGACUAUUGUCUAUUGACUAUUGACUAUAGUCUAUUGACUAUUGUCUAUAGUCUAUUGACUAUUGUCUAUUGUCUAUUGUCUAUUGACUAUAGUCUAUUGACUAUUGACUAUAGUCUAUUGUCUAUUGUCUAUUGACUAUUGUCUAUUGUCUAUUGUCUAUUGACUAUAGUCUAUUGACUAUUGUCUAGUGUCUAUUGUCUAUGUAUGUGUACAUUAAAUCUCAAGAUUGACUGGCUUAGAUGUGUUUAGGAGAAAGCUCUUGAAUGCCCAUCAUGAUUAACUUCAGGACAUCUAAUAGACGGAUACUUUACUGAAACCCCUUAUACUAAUCACCACACUGAGUUUGGAAUGACACAUUCUUUCCAUUUCCUUAAGUACUAAUCGACCACAAAUACACUUUCACGGUGUCCAAGUAGAGCAGGUAAUGGAUCACAACACCAGCCAUAAUUCAUCCAGCGUCUGCACCAUUAACUCCACAGCCUAUAACAUAGAGGCCAGUUACAUUACAUUAGUUGAAAUGUAUCUGUACCUUCGAGACCUAGAAAACAUCCCGCAAUUAACACGAUCUCUAGAGAGUUUCAAACUGUUGUAUUUUCAUAGAAGUUAUGGCCUGCGUCCCAAUUGGUACCCUAUUCCCUAUAGGGGCUCUGGUCUAAAAUUAGUGCACUACAAAGGGAAUAGGGUACUAUUUGGGACGAGGACCCAUAAUGUUGUUACUGUGCUGCUGUUGAGCCUGUGAUGACCUGUGUGUGUAAACGUCCGGCUGCGGUGGUGUUUGCAGUGGAUUGGCACGACGAUGCAGACAGGAAAGAGGAGACGUUGGCCAUCAUUGCAGACCUGCUGGGGUUCAGCUGGACAGGUAAGUUAUCCAGGUUGGUGUCGCAGGUGUAGAAGGUGUGUGUAUGAAAUAGGAGUGAAAAGCUGUGGACCCUGGUCAAAUAGUACUCCCCUAUGUCGGGAAUAUGAUUGCCUACCUCAGUGUCCUCCCCCCCCCACCAUGUGUCUCAGAGCUGGCGAGGGAGCUGGAGUUCAACGAGGACGAGAUCCAGGAGGUGAGGAUAGAGAAGCCUAACUCCCUGCAGGAGCAGAGCCAGGCCCUGCUGCAACGCUGGGCUGAGAGAGAGGGAAAACACGCCACCGGUACGUCAUCUGUUCUACUGGGCCUCACUGAACUGGGCCUGUGUCCCAGAUGGAAACCCUAUUCCCUAUAUAGUGCACUGCUCUGGUCAAAAGUAGUGCACUAUGUAGGGAAUAGGGUGCCAUUUGGGACACUCGGCUGUGGACUCAUCCAUGGAUACCAUUCAUCUAUUUAUGAGUGAUAAAUAUAUGUCUUCUUAAAUUGAUUGUCUUUUUUUUGUUGCUUUAAAGCGAGAUUAUUUUGUUUAAUAGAAGUGAAAUAAAUAAUAUAGAUUUAUUAUUAUUAUUAUUAUUAUUAUUAAUGAACUAAUAAUAUGUCUACCUUCUGUCCGGCAGAGGACAGCCUGAUAAAGAGGCUGACGAAGAUCAACCGGAUGGACAUCGUCCACCUGAUAGAGACCCAGAUGAACAAGUCAGCACAGGAGCAGACCUCCAGGACCUACGCAGAGAUAGAGAAAACUCUGGACCAAAGUGAAGGUACUGGACCGGAUGCAGUUACAUUACAUUACAUUACAUUACAUUACAGAGAUAGAGAAUACUCUGGACCAAAGCGAAGGUACCGGACCGGACGUAGUUACAUUACAUUACAUUACAGAGAUAGAGAAUACUCUGGACCAAAGUCAAUGUACCGGACCGGACGCAGUUACAUUACAUUACAUUACAGAGAUAGAGAAUACCCUGAAUUAUUUCUACAUGGCUGAACAAACUGUCUCCCUGUCCACGAAUGGUCCUGUAGAAUUCUAUAGCUGGCUGUCCACUCAGUAGGGCUGAAUUUCAGCCUCAGCUGAGCUCCUUUAAAGCAGAGAUUUCCCUAAUUGUCGCCAUUUGUUUGCCGUGCACCCUUGAUAAAAAUAGCUUUUUUUUUUAGAUCAGCUGUUUAGAACGCUCAUUGCUUUGUUUUCCAGGUGCUUGUGGGUAAUGGUGUUCUCUGUAACCAUUCAGAGGCUCAUUGCUUUGUUUUCCAGGUGCUUGUGGGUAAUGGUGUUCUCUGUAACCAUUCAUAGGCUCAUUGCUUUGUUUUCCAGGUGCUUGCGGGUCCUGGUGUUCUCCGUACCAUUCAUAGGCUCAUUGCUUUGUUUUCCAGGUGCUUGUGGGUAAUGGUGUUCUCCAUUCAUAGCCAGAAGUAGGGGACCAUUUAUUUAGCUUUAUUUUAUAUCAAUAUUUGUUUUCUUUCUCCUGGAUCAGCUGAUGAUGGUCAACAAUAUCACCAGACAACUAACCUACUGCUAGACACCAAUAUCACCAGACAACUAACCUACUGCUAGACACCAAUAUCACUAGACAACUAACCUACUGCUAGACACCAAUAUCACUAGACAACUAACCUACUGCUAGACACAAUCACCAGACAAUAACCUACUGCUCGCACCACUCUCACUAGACAACUAACCUACUGCUAGACACCAAUAUCACUCAACAACUAACCUACUGCUAGACACCAAUAUCACUAGACAACUAACCUACUGCUAGACACCAAUAUCACUAGACAACUAACCUACUGCUAGACACCAAUAUCACUAGACAACUAACCUACUGCUAGACACCAAUAUCACUAGACAACUAACCUACUGCUAGACACCAAUAUCACUAGACAACUAACCUACUGCUAUGACACCAAUAUCACUAGACAACUAAACCUACUGCUAGACACCAAUAUCACUAGACAACUAACCUACUGCUAGACACCAAUAUCACUAGACAACUAACCUACUGCUAGACACCAAUAUCACUAGACAACUAACCUACUGCUAGACACCAAUAUCACUAGACAACUAACCUACUGCUAGACACCAAUAUCACUAGACAACUAACCUACUGCUAGACACCAAUAUCACUAGACAACUAACCUACUGCUAGACACCAAUAUCACUAGACAACUUAACCUACUGCUAGACACCAAUGUGCAUCCAAUCCAUCCAACAAGUAUACUGUAUUUUAAUGACAGUAAGCCUGUAGUUGACUCUUUGGGUUUAGAAGCAUUACCUUUUGCAAUGGUAUAGGCCUAUAUUAUUUUGGCUUUGUGUGCCACAGAAUAACUGUUUUCACGGAGAAACAUAAUGAAAUGUUACCUAGACAUACUUACACUUACAGUGGUCUGAGAUCUCCAACAUCCAGGAUUCCUACAGGGGUUAAAGUUCAAUGUUCUAAUUCAAUUAUUUACGUUCUUAAUAGUGACAAAUAACACUGUCAUAAAUGUAAUUAAUGGUUGGACAAAAGGUAGUCACACGAUCUGUGGAGACUCCAAGGAUUAACUCAUGAAUUAUGGACAAGUUAUGAACUAGGGUGUAAAACAUGUUUUGAUUCGACUCAUGUAUUAUAUUGAAUGUAGGCCACCUAUUCUGCGUGGGUUCGUGUUUAAAAUUGCCUUUGCCGAGGGUAGGCUACCAGCAGUGGUGUAGUCCUAGUAGAGGGUAGGAUACUGGCAGUGGUGUAGUCCUAGUAGAGGGUAGGAUACUGGCAGUGGUGUAGUCCUAGUAGAGGGUAGGAUACUGGCAGUGGUGUAGUCCUAGUAGAGGGUAGGAUACCAGCAGUGGUGUAGUCCUAGUAGAGGGUAGGAUACCAGCAGUGGUGUAGUCCUAGUAGAGGGUAGGAUACCAGCAGUGGUGUAGUCCUAGUAGAGGGUAGGAUACUGGCAGUGGUGUAGUCCUAGUAGAGGGUAGGAUACCAGCAGUGGUGUAGUCCUAGUAGAGGGUAGGAUACCAGCAGUGGUGUAGUCCUAGUAGAGGGUAGGAUACUGGCAGUGGUGUAGUCCUAGUAGAGGGUAGGAUACUGGCAGUGGUGUAGUCCUAGUAGAGGGUAAGAUACUGGCAGUGGUGUAGUCCUAGUAGAGGGUAGGAUACUGGCAGUGGUGUAGUCCUAGUAGAGGGUAGGAUACCAGCAGUGGUGUAGUCCUAGUAGAGGGUAGGAUACCGGCAGUGGUGUAGUCCUAGUGGAGGGUAGGAUACUGGCAGUGGUGUAGUCCUAGUAGAGGGUAGGAUACUGGCAGUGGUGUAGUCCUAGUAGAGGGUAGGAUACCAGCAGUGGUGUAGUCUGUAUGUCCUGGACAACAUCACGUUCCAUGAGGUGAGGUUACAGUCCGUCUUCGUUUUGAUCAUUUGUUUUCCCAGUUCAAAUGGAGCAAUUUGGAGCAUAUAAAACAAACAAAAAAUAUAUACAGUAUAUAUUUUCGGUUUUCUCAUGUGGGUGGGGUUAAAUGUGGAAUGCUUGUCAUUGGUUAAGUGCACAGCCAAUACCUUGCUUUCAAAGUAAGAGUUCACCCUUCUAACUUCAUUCUAUGAAUCUAUGAUCUAUUAAUUAAUUGAUUAAUAGCUGACCAUACCGUGCCACUGUGCCAAGAUAAAGUACGAUUUCUGCAUAAGAUUCGGUGUGUAUUGACUUAUUAAUGAACUGCUCUUCCUGUAAAUGGUUAGCUGACUGAUGUAUCCUAGCUACCUAGCUAACCAUUGGUCAUCUUAUUAAACGAUGCUAUACUGUCACGUUCGUUUAAAGAAGGGUCGGACCAAGGCGCAGCGUGAUAUGCGUACGUGUUUAUUUAAUGAUAAACACUCGACAAAACACAACAAAGGAAACGAAACGUGAAGUCCAAAGGUACAACACAACAAACCUAAACACGGAACAAGAACCCACAACUAGACAGUGCCAAAAGACUGCCUAAGUAAUGAUUCCCAAUCAGAGACAACGAGCGACAGCUGCCUCUGAUUGGGAACCACACACGGCCAAACAUAGAAAUACAAAACCUAGAAUAUUCACACCCUGACCAAACUAGCUAGAGUUCUGUAGGCCAGGGCGUGACAUAUACUGUGUUACUGUAAAUGGUCAGCUGACUGAUGUAUCCUAGCUACCGAGCUAACCAUUGGUCAUCUUAUUAAACGAAGCCAUACAGCCAAAACAACAGUAUCUAUGGCUAGACUAGAGACAUUCCCUUAGCUGUAGUUAGUCAGUGGUUGCACGUCUAACUAGCUGGAAUGAAGCCAGGGUGGGAAUAGCAGACGUGUAAAUAUUAUCCUUUCACUGAUUACAGCAGGUCUCCUGCUACCCAGACCUGCCUGGUCAGCCUGAUAAGGUGCCCUGGGUGUGGUCUCCUGCUACCCAGACCUGCCUGGUCAGCCUGAUAAGGUGCCCUGGGUGUGGUCUCCUGCUACCCAGACCUGCCUGGUCAGCCUGAUAAGGUGCCCUGGGUGUGGUCUCCAGCUACCCAGACCUGCCUGGUCAGCCUGAUAAGGUGCCCUGGGUGUGGUCUCUAGCUACCCAGACCUGCCUGGUCAGCCUGAUAAGGUGCCCUGGGUGUGGUCUCCAGCUACCCAGACCUGCCCUGGUCAGCCUGAUAAGGUGCCCUGGGUGUGGUCUCCUGCUACCCAGACCUGCCUGGUCAGCCUGAUAAGGUGCCGUGGGUGUGGUCUCCUGCUACCCAGACCUGCCUGGUCAGCCUGAUAAGGUGCCGUGGGUGUGUCCAGCUUUACACCUGUGCAAAUCCUGUGUGUUUGUAUAGCAAUGGCACGAAACAAUUCAACCAAUGGCCUCGAGUCGUGUUGCAGGUCCACCACACACCCGGAGGGUCCUGUCCAGAAGCAACCCCUAUCCCCUACCUCUGGACAUGUGUGGAGAUCUGAGAGGAUUGGACGAGGUGUAAGCAAUACCACCAACAAAAUGUCCACCAAGAGGGUAAGGUGGAUCUCUCACCAUGUCACCACCCAUCAAUCCCUCUCAGAUCUCCAGAGGGUAAGGUGGAUCUCUCACCAUGUCACCACCCAUCAAUCCCUCUCAGAUCUCCAGAGGGUAAGGUGGAUCUCUCACCAUGUCACCACCCAUCAAUCCCUCUCAGAUCUCCAGAGGGUAAGGUGGAUCUCUCACCAUGUCACCACCCAUCAAUCCCUCUCAGAUCUCCAGGAGGGUAAGGUGGAUCUCUCACCAUGUCACCAACCCAUCAAUCCCUCUCAGAUCUCCAGAGGGUAAGGUGGAUCUCUCACCAUGUCACCACCCAUCAAUCCCUCUCAGUCUCCAGAGGGUAAGGUGGAUCUUCACCAUGUCACCACCCGUCCAAAUCCUCUCAGAUCUCCAGAGGGUAAGGUGGAUCUUCUCACCAUGUCACCACCCAUCAAUCCCUCUCAGAUCUCCAGAGGGUAAGGUGGAUCUCUCAACAUGUCACCACCCAUCAAUCCCUCUCAGAUCUCCAGAGGGUAGGUGGAUCUGUCAACAUGUCCCCACCCAUCAAUCCUCUCAGAUCUCCAGAGGGUAAGGUGGAUCUCUCAACAUGUCACCACCCAUCAAUCCCUCUCAGAUCUCCAGAGGGUAAGGUGGAUCUCUCAACAUGUCACCACCCAUCAAUCCCUCUCAGAUCUCCAGAGGGUAAGGUGGAUCUCUCACCAUGUCACCACCCAUCAAUCCCUCUCAGAUCUCCAGAGGGUAAGGUGGAUCUCUCAACAUUGUCACCCACCCAUCAAUCCCUCUCAGAUCUCCAGAGGGGUAAGGUGGAUCUCUCACCAUGUCACCACCCAUCAAUCCCUCUCAGAUCUCCAGAGGGUAAAGUGGAUCUCUCCACCAUGUCAACCACCCAUCAAUCCCUCUCAGAUCUCCAGAGGGUAAGGUGGAUCUCUCAACAUGUCACCACCCAUCAAUCCCUCUCAGAUCUCCACAAGUGUCUAGACACUGUAGGGGCUAGAGGUUGUUCCUGGACGGGCCAGGGGUAUUAUGGGUAUUAUGGGUAUUAUGGGUAUUAUGGGUAUUAUGGGUAUUAUGGGUAUUAUGGGUAUUAUGGGUAUUAUGGGUAUUAUGGGUAUUAUGGGUAUUAUGGGUAUUAUGGGUAUUAUGGGUAUUAUGGGUAUUAUGGGUAUUAUGGGUAUUAUGGGUAUUAUGGUAGCUCAGUCAGUCAGUCAGUCAGUCUGGCACUGUCUAAAAAUGUUAGGACCCGGGACGAUAUCAGUAUUGCGAUAUUUUUUUUUUCCAUGGCAAAAAAUGAAAACACGAAGCAGACCGAACUCUUUGGUUCUUUAAAAACCUGCUGUAUGUAAAACAUUGUGUUCUAUAGCUUGGGAAAUAAAUAAAUGUGACUCUGUAUGACAACAUAAUGAUGUUUGUUUUCAACAUUAGGGCUGUUUUCCUAAAGAAGUUUAAUCAGCUUAGUGUUUUGUUUCUUUGCCGCGAUGCUAACGGGUAUCGCGAACUGGUAUUGUCCCCGGCCCUGCUAUGAGGUUGAAAUAACACUCUGAAAUGGUGAAAAUGAUGACAAUGCCCUUUUUCUGUAAGAGCUGUUUGAAAAGAAGCCUCUCUCUCUCUCUACCUCUCUCUCUCUCCCUCUCUCUCUCUCACUUUCUCUUUCUCGCUCUCUCUCUCUUUCUCUCUCUCUCUCUCUCUCACUUUCUCUUUCUCUCUCUUUCUUUAUCACUCUUUCUCUCUCUCUCUAUUUGUGUUUCUCUCUUUCUGUCAAUUCAAUUUCAAUUUAAGGGCUGUACAUAGAUUUCCUUAAGUUUGGGUCAGUCACAGUGGUCAGGUAUUCUGUGUACUCUCUGUUUAGGGCCAAAUAGCAUUCUAGUUUGCUCAGUUUUUUUGUUAAUUCUUUCCAAUGUGUCAAGUAAUUCUCUUUUUGUUUUCUCGUGAUUUGGUUGGGUCUAAUUGUGUUGCUGUUGCUGUCCAGGGGCUAUGUGGGGUCUGUUUGUGUUUGUGAACAGAGCCCCAGGACCAGCUUACUUAGGGGACUCUUCUCCAAGUUCAUUUCUCUGUAGGUGAUGGGUUUGUUAUGGAAGGUUUGGGAAUCGCUUCCUUUCAGUUGGUUGUGUAGCUCAGUUGGUAGAGCAUGGCGAUUGCAACGCCAGGGUUGUGGGUUCGUUUCCCACGGGGGGCCAGUAUGAAAAAAAAAAAAUGAAUGCACUCACUAACUGUAAGUCGCUCUGGAUAAGAGCGUCUGCUAAAUGACAAAACAUUUUAAUGUUGUAGAAUUUAACGGCUCUUUUCUGGAUUUUGAUAAUUAGCGGGUAUCGGCCUAAUUCUGUCUCUCUCUCUUUCUGUCUCUCUCUCUUUCUGUCUCUCUCUCUUUCUGUCUCUCUCUCUUUCCGUCUCUCUCUCUUUCUGUCUCUCUCUCUUUCUGUCUCUCUCUAUUUCUGUCUCUCUCUCUUUCUGUCUCUCUUUCUGUCUCUCUCUCUUUCUGUCUCUCUCUCUUUCUGUCUCUCUCUCUUUCUGUCUCUCUCUCUUUCCGUCUCUCUCUCUUUCUGUCUCUCUCUCUUUCUGUCUCUCUCUUUUUCUGUCUCUCUCUCUUUCCGUCUCUCUCUUUCUGUCUCUCUCUCUCUGUCUCUGUGUGUCUCUGUCUGCCAGUGUCUGUAGCCCUGUCCUCAGUGCAGGAGGAUGUAUAUAGCCCCAGACUGGUGAGGAGGGCGGACUCUUCCCCCAGACCACCCCCAGCCGUCUCAGAGGAGGACCUAUCAGUAGCCUCCCUCCUGGACAUUCCUUCCUGGGCGGAGCCUAUGGGCCACACCCACUCAGAGAGCAUGCACGGGCUAUUGGAGGACCUGGAGAUCACAACGUACGUCAAUCAGAGAAUGAGCCAAUCAGCUUCAAGGAUGGAUGAGAAUAUUUUAUAUUUCAUUUAACUGUUGGCUUUAGCAAGAGAGGAGAAUUAUGCUAAGUUUGAGACUAAGUAAUUGGUAAAUUGAUAAAAGCAUUAUCAAUCUACAGUUGAAGUCGGAAGUUUACAUACACUUAGGUUGGAGUCAUUAAAACUUGUUUUUCAACCACUCCACAAAUGUAUUGUUAACAAACUAUAAUUUUGGCAAGUCGGUUAGGACGUCUACUUUGUGCAUGACACAAGGAAUUUUUCCAACAAUUGUUUACAGACAGAUUAUUUCACUUAUAAUUCACUGUAUCACAAUUCCAGCGGGUUGACUAUGCCUUUAAACAGCUUGGAAAUUUCCAGAAAAUGAUGUCAUGGCUUUAGAAGCUUCUGAUAGGCUAAUUGACAUCAUUUGAGUCAAUUGGAGGUAUACCUGUGGAUGUAUUUCAAAGCAUACCUUCAAACUCAGUGCCUCUUUGCUUGACAUCAUGGGAAAAUCUAAAGAAAUCAGCCAAGACCUCAGAAAUGCCUGAAGGUACCACGUUCAUCUGUACAAACAAUAGUACGCAAGUAUAAACACCAUGGGACCACGCAGCCGUCAUACCGCUCAGGAAGGAGACGCGUUCUGUCUCCUAGAGAUGAACAUACUUUGGUGCGAAAAGUGCAAAUCAAUCCCAGAACAACAGCAAAGGACCUUGUGAAGAUGCUGGAGGAAACGGGUACAAAAGUAUCUAUAUCCACAGUAAAACGAGUCCUGUAUCGACAUAACCUGAAAGGCCGCUCAGCAAGGAAGAAGCCACUGCUCCAAAACCGCCAUAAAAAAGCCAGACUACGGUUUGCAACUGCACAUGGGGACAAAGAUCGUACUUUUUGGAGAAAUGUCCUCUGGUCUGAUGAAACAAAAAUAGAACUGUUUGGCCAUAAUGACCAUCGUUAUGUUUGGAGGAAAAAGGGGUAGGCUUGCAAGCCGAAGAACACCAUCCCAACCAUGAAGCACGGUGGUGGCAGCAUCAUGCUGUGGGGGUACUUUGCUGCAGGAGGGACUGGUGCACUUCACAAAAUAGAUGGCAUCAUGAGGAAGGAAAAUUAUGUGGAUAUAUUGAAGCAACAUCUCAAGACAUUAGUCAGGAAGUUAAAGCUUGGUCGCAAAUGGGUCUUCCAAAUGGACAAUGACCCCAAGCAUACUUCCAAAGUUGGCAAAAUGGUUUAAGGACAACAAAGUCAAGGUAUUGGAGUGGCCAUCACAAAGCCCUGACCUCAAUCCUAUAGAAAAUGUGUGGGCAGAACUGAAAAAGUGUGUGUGAGCAAGGAGGCCUACAAACCUGACUCAGUUACACCAGCUCUGUCAGGAGGAAUGGGCCAAAAUUCAUCCAACUUAUUGUGGGAAGCUUGUGGAAGACUACCCAAAACGUUUGACCCAAGUUAAACAAUUAAAAGGCAAUGCUACCAAAUACUAAUUGAGUGUAUGUAAACUUCUGACCCACUGGGAAUGUGAUGAAAGAAAUAAAAGCUGAAAUCAAUAAUUCUCUCUACUAUUAUUCUGACAUUUCACAUUCUUAAAAUAAAGUGGUGAUCCUAACUGACCUAAGACAGGGAAUUUCUACUAGGAUCAAAUGUCAGGAAUUGUGAAAAACUGAAAUAAAAUGUAUUUGGCUAAGGUGUAUGUAAACUUCCGACUUCAACUGUAUGUAAUUCCAGUAGAUCAUCACAACUUUAUAUUGUCAAUACAUGAUAGCUCCUCCAGAUUAACAUAAUAAUAAUAUAUUAUAAUUAUUAUAAUAAUUGUUACUAUCAUUAUAUAGUCAUAUGUCUCUGUUUGAGGUGUGUGUCAGGGUUGAAUAGAGAAGUAAGUACACAUCUCUCAGAGAGAGAGAGAGAGAGAGAGAGAGAGAGAGAGAGAGAGAGAGAGAGAGAGAGAGAACACAAUAACCCAGUGUUGUGUCAUUCAUGUUUCAGGGAGCCGAGCGCCAACCCGUGGACUUCGGAGGACUUCGCCAUAACAAGGGAGUCCGCCGCCACAGAGCAAGUAAGUCCCCCUCUGAACGUGAUUGGAGCAGAAACGUGGAGACUAGCGUCUCAGGCGUACGGCCCCCAGUGUGAAACCAGAGACCAGACUCAGGGCCAGCGUAGCAGAAGUAGCAGUGGCCUGCUCCACCCUCAAGUGGGUGCCACUGGGCCUCUGCCAGCUGGUGUUGACCAUAUGUCCCCGCCGGGACGAGGCGAGCUGUCGCCGGAACAGCUCAGGAUAUCGUCGCCCAUAGUGAUCAGAGACUUUGGUCUGAGUCUGUCAGAGUCCGAGCAGGCAGAGACAGACUUCAGAGAGCUCUGUGUUGGGUUUAGGGAGAUGCCACUGGACAGGGCCUAUGUCUCCUCCACCUCCUCCUCCACCUCCUCCAUCACCCUGAACCCUAAAACCAAAGCCAGGUUGUCCAGAGAGGCCAGCACGGAAAUAUACGACCACAGUCAUUUAGUUGAGAACCGUAGCCAGGCUUGUACGCCUCAGGACUGUAGCCGGAAAGGUCCGGAAAGUGUGGCCGUGGCUGAGGAGGCUGACCAGAGAACAGUCAUCUCUGAAAAGCACAUAGAAGAGAUAACAGCUCGUUUCUACCAGGCCAUGUACGGCUCAGACCAAGUCCUGCAGGUCUCAAGCACUGAGAUGGUCCCCAAGCCCCACAGGUCCGAAGACCAGCCAGAGAAACGCCUGGAGCUGGCAGCUCUCAGAAAGAACCAAUCACAGAUGGAGGCACAGCUUCCGUUUAUUGACGAGCCAGGAGAAGGCUGUGCCAUGGCUCACUACAGCAUGGUAGAGCAAACCAACGUCCGAAAGGGCAUUGUUCGGCCGAAGCAAAGUCCGGCAACCAGCGAGUCCACUCCGAUGACAUGUGACUCACCUGACAGGCAGCCUAGCUUCAUCACUGUCCGACCAGAACCCGACCACGUCAUGUUCAUGCAAGUUACCCCCCAGUCCCCUGGCCAAGACACAACACUGUAUUCACAUCUCACUAACUACAGACCUCUGACUCCUGAUUCAGAGAUGGAGUCCCUGUCACCUGACUCUCUACGGGGUCUCUCGCCCAUGGAAGAAGGGUUCAUUAACGUAACUAGACUAUCAUCACCUGAGUCCGUAAUGUCCGUUGGCGCCUACAGGGCGAUUUCGCCCGACUCCCCUCUCCGCGAGCGCAGGGUAAUGUCUCCAGAUUCUGCCAGGGCAUUCCGUGAAAGCAGGCCUCUCUCUCCCGGGUCGGAUGGGUCUAGAUUUUCAUCCGAGGUUAAAGCUUACAUUAUAGAGAUCAGAGAACCCUCAUAUUCUCCUUCGGAAAUAUACGAGGGUAAAAAGGAUUCCUGUGAUUCAGAGGCAGCAGAUAGCGCUCUUAGUUCCCUCUCUCCUUACCACACCGAUAGCAUCUGGAGUCCCCUCUCUCCUUACCAUUCAGACAGUGUUCUGACUUCCCUAUCCCCUGUGUCCUCUGAGGUGUUUUCUGAUGAAGUACGGUCCCCGUCACCAGAGUCGUAUGAAUUGUUGACCGAGAGCAGCACCCUGUCCCUUGACUCCCCAGUACCUGAGUAUGACACACCUGUACCUCAGACACCUGAGACACCUGUACCUGAGACUGAUAGGAUCAUGAUCCUAGGAGACUAUAGGUCACGGUCACCUGGUCAACUGUCGUGGUCAGCUGUGACAUCAGAGAUCGACUAUGCAGAGUAUUGGCUAGCAGAUCUGUUGUUCACUGACGGGAGAGCAUCCUCCCCAGAGUCUGUUACUUCGUCGGAUGAGUACAGGCCUCUCUCUCCUGACUCUCCAGUUCCUCACUUCAUGCCUCAUUGUUGUGAUUAUUUGGCUUUCACUGGAAGUAGAUGUUCAUCACCUGAAUCAGUAUCUUCAGGUAUUGAAUUCUCUGAGUUCUAUCUUGAGGAACUGUUUGCUGAAGAAAGAGCAGAUUCACCUGAAUCAUUUAUAUCAGAGAGUGAAAUUGUUGAGUCAGUUGAAGGAGGUCUAAUGAAAUUCAGACCCUUGUCACCAGAAUCAAUAACUUCAGAAGAUGAUUAUACCUUCCUUGAGCUCUUGUUUGCAGAGUCUAGACCAUCUUCACCUCAUUCUAUCACUUCAACUGACGAAUAUCGAUCUCUAUCCCCUGAUUCCCCAAUCCCACAAUUUAGACCCACAAUAAUUGAGUUGUCAAUGUCAUUCCUUAGCAGAUCUCCGUCACCUAUUUCAGUAACUUCAGACAUUGAAGGAUCUGGCUUCUAUCUUGAGGAAUUAUUCAAUGAAGAGAGACCAGAUUCACCUGAAUCAUUUAUAUCAGAGAGUGAAUUUGUUGAGUCAGUUGAGAAAGGUGUCAUGAAACUCAAAACCUUGUCACCAGAAUCAGUAACUUCAGAAGAUGAUUAUUCCUUCCUUGAGCUCUUGUUAUCAGAGUCUAGACCAUCCUCUCCAGAGUCUGUUGCAUCAUUUGAUGAGUACAGGCCUCUCUCUCCUGACUCUCCAGUUCCUCACUUCAUGCCUCAUGUUGCGAUUAUUAUUUGGCUUUCACUGGAAGUAGAUCCUCAUCACCAGAAUCAGUCACCUCAGACGUUGAAUUUUCUGGAUUUAGCCUUGAGGAAUUGUUUGCUGAUUACAGAGCAGAUUCUCCUAAAUCGAUAUAUUCAGACAAUGAAUUUCUGGAUCAAUUGGAAGCAGGACUUGUUCCACUCUUGCUUGAAACAGCUUCUCCAGUUUCUGAUCCUCUCCUUCACUCUACUCAAUCUGAAACAUCUGUUAACGAAUUAA